AUCACACUUUUUCUUGGUCUCCCUCUAUUGUCCCGGCGCCCUUGUUACCAACGAUAGAGAGACGAGGCGUGAUAUUGUACCUCCUCCUUCUCUGGUUAACCGGGGACAAGGCUUGUACGCUUGAAGAAAUCGUUGUGUACAUGAAGUUUCUUCAGCUACAAACAAGGAUGGGAUCCUCCGAAGCCGUGGUUCCCCUUCUGAGGGAUUCUCAAAAUGAUAGGUCUGAGCUUCACCCUGGACCAAGAUCCCAUUCAAAUGAGGACAAUGUGGCGUUCGACCAAGAGAUAGCACAUCUAAUGGAGAACAACAUGACCAUGGCAAUGAAGUACCUGCAGAGCAAGGGCCUCUAUCUCCUGCCCAUUGGGACACCGUCGCUGCUAUCGGCCCAGAAGGGGACACCGUCUUCAAAGGCAUCCCAACUGAGCUAAAGCCCAAGUUGAAGUGAUGAGACAACGUCUCAUGGUUAGAACGCUUUUCAAGUGUGCGUAAUUGCAAGACCAUGUUGAUCAAUCCAUUUCCUCCCAUGAUCAUGCCGUCGACUCAAAUUUUCCUUUACUUUUUUUCUUCAGAAAACCAGAGUCAAUUCUUCCAUGUAUUGAAAACUCAUGUUAUAGUUACAUACUCAAGAUUCAA